UACGCAGCUCUGCGUAUGGUUUUCAGAAUUUGGCGCGAGGUGCUUUCAUGCUUGAAGUGUGUACGGCGCAGUUUGGUUUGGAUACAGACAGCACCUGAGCCCAGCUGUUAUGAAGCCAGACCGUCGUUAAACCUGGAUUAUGCUCACCAUCUUCAAAGAAAAGAGCUGAAACGUCCCGACACAAUGUCAGUGGCAGUUGAAACCACAGUGUCCAGGGUGCCUCUCCCUAUUCCAACCCACUUUGCCCAUGCAGAGCAAUCCUUCUCCCUCAAAAAGCGCCGUCUCCCUUUCUCCACAUCCUCUACGUCCGACUCAUCCUACUCCUCCCCUGCCCUGCUGUCACAUUCUCUGCCCCCGCUGCCACCAUCCAAAGGAUGUCCCCCUCUCAGUCGGAUGUUCCCCCAGCAUCCAUCCCCCUGGACACCCCUGUCACAUUCCCUUAGCAAGUCUCCCCCCCCGGAUUCUGUGUACAAUCCCAGCAAACAGCAGUCCUACUUCAGUCAGUGCUUCACUAAUUUGGGACUGCUGGGCAGAGGAUCCUUUGGGGAGGUCUACAAGGUGCAAAGCAAAGUGGACCGCUGCCAGUAUGCAGUUAAGCGCUCCGCUCACCGCUUCAGGGGCAACAGUGACAGGAACCGUAGCGUGAGGGAAGCCAGGAACCACGAGCGCCUCUGUCCUCACCCUCACAUUCUGAAUUUUGUGGCAGCCUGGGAGGAGUGUGGCCGACUGUACAUCCAGACGGAGCUGUGUAGCACCAGCUUGCUGCUCCACGCUGAGAAUCAGCCACCUGGGCCAGAUGAGGCUUCAGCGUGGGCCUACCUGUGCGACCUCCUCUCAGCGCUGCAUCACUUGCACUCUCAUGGUUUUGUGCAUCUGGACCUCAAGCCGGCAAAUGUCCUUAUUACUGACUCUGGCCGUCUCAAGCUGGCGGACUUCGGGCUGCUGUUUGAGCUCAAACAGAAGAACACAGCAUCUGUAGAGGGCAAAGUAAAAGAUGACGUCCAGGAGGGGGAUCCCAGAUACAUGGCGCCUGAGCUGCUCCGUGGGGAGUAUGGACCUGCUGCAGACGUUUUCAGUUUGGGUGUUUCUAUUCUGGAGCUUGCCUGUAACAUGGAGAUUCCGAAUGGUGGGCAGUGCUGGCAGCAGCUCAGACAAGGCUGCCUCCCCUCAGAGUUUACCAGUGUCCUGUCAACUGAGCUUCAGACGGUCCUGCGCAUGAUGCUGGCCCCAGAACCAUCUGACAGGCCGACAGUCUCUGAGCUUCUGUCUCUCCCCUCUGUUAGGAAGCACAGGUGGAAGAGGCGCAUCUAUCUAAUGGUGGCCGAGACCGUGUUGACACUGGUCUCCCUCUGCCAGUCGUUGUUGUGCCUCGGGUGUAGACUCGUGUCCUCCCUUCACUUGCCCUUUCUUUCCCACUGGACGAAGCCGGUGCCCUGCACUCCUCCUAAAGGAAGCUGGGACAAGGAUUUAACUCUGCCUCUCAGUGCCAUGCACGCUGACUCAGGGAGCCCAGAGGAUGAUGCAGUGUUCCUGUUGGAUCCCAGAGACCCGGAGCUUUCCCCCACCUUCUCACACAGGGUCAAAUCCAGACUGUCUGUGGGAAGCACAUCCACUCCUCUCCCAGUUUCACCGAGACACAACCAUCACAGCCCUGCCCACACACCCACUCACUCACGCCUGGAUGAGUGGUCCUCCUUAGCACACACCCCCUCCAGCAUCCACUCAAAUGGUUCCUGCCACACACUCACGCCCAGUGCGAGCCCCAUACACGCAGAGCUUUAUGUAGAUUGCAAGAAUGAAAAUUCCAUGCAGAGCCGACAGUGUUCAUCCACCAAGUCCUCACAGCGACGCGGUCGCAGCUGGGUCCGAACGGAGGAGGCACUACCGCGACCCAACUUUGAACCAAAGAACCUGCUCCAUCUGUUUGAGGACACAACUGUAGAGGCAGAGCCAUGAGUACAAAGCUGCCAGUUUACAUUCAGGGGAUAAAGGUGUUUUCACUUUAACAUGUCGGGUAAAGAGGGACUCGUGCAUGAAUGUAUUCAGUUUGUAUUAAGUGUUUCUGCCAUUUUGUAACAGUCCUACGCAGCUUCUUUUAACAUGUAUCUGAAAAGAACAUAUUUAGGGGAAAAGGUUUGAAUAUGAACUCUUUAAAGCACUUUUUAUGUUUGUGUAAAUGCAAUCUGUUGCUGAAAUGACAAGUCAUGAUGUAUUGUUAAAUAAGUUAUCAUUAACAUGGUGAACACUGAGCUGUGUACUUCAUGAGUUACAGCAGAAAAUAAAACAAAGGGAAACUGAA